GUUGCCGGUUCGGGCGGGCUGGCGCGGCGUGUCCAGGGCCGCUGGCGGUCGCGGUGGGGUAGGGGCGCCUAGCCUCCGCCGACCACACGCUUCGGGCGGGCAGGUACGGGGGCCGGGCCUGGGUACCGCCUCCCUCAUCCCGACUCGGCCUGGACGCGGCGGCCAGUAAGUGCCUAACGCCCGAGCCCUUCCCGGUAUGGCCGGGCCUCCCUCGCGUCUUGCCGCGGAGAACGCCCAGCGGACGGCGAGGCUGCCACCCGGUUGAAAGAUUGCUUCCCAGGCUUCCCUUGCCCUGAGUUCGGAGCUGACUGGCAUGGUACCUGAGGAAGCCCCUGAGUCUGCUCAGUGCCCAUGCCUGUCCCUUACCAACCCCAGUGCCAGGGAUGUGGUUCGAAGAAGGCACAAGAGGAGGAGCCGACAGUACCAACGCUUCAUGGCCCGAAAGGCCUUGCUACAGGAACAGGGACUGCUGACCAUGCCACCGGAACAAGGCUCCUCCCUGCUGCCUGCCCCAUUGGAGGUGCUGUCAGGCGCUGAAGCUGCUGGCAGUGGGAGGCAGCAUCCCAGGGCUGAAUUUGGCAGUGGUGGCCCAUAUAGCAAAAGGCUCACCUCCAGGGAAGCUUCAGGGCCCUUGCCCAGCAAGUGUGUAGCUAUUGACUGUGAGAUGGUGGGCACAGGACCCCGAGGGCGGGUGAGUGAGCUGGCCCGCUGCUCUGUGGUGAGUUACCAUGGUGACGUCCUCUAUGACAAGUACAUUCGGCCUGAGAUGCCCAUCGUUGACUACCGCACUCGCUGGAGCGGCAUCACUCGGCAGCACAUGCGCAAGGCCAUCCCCUUCCAGGUGGCCCAGAAAGAGAUCCUUAAGCUCCUGAAGGGCAAGGUGGUAGUGGGCCACGCGCUGCACAAUGACUUCCAGGCCCUCAAGUACGUCCACCCUCGGAGCCAGACUCGGGAUACCACUUAUGUCCCAAACCUGCUCAGUCAGCCUGACCUCCACACCCGAGCCAGAGUCUCUCUUAAGGACCUGGCCCUGCAGUUGCUGCAUAAGAAGAUCCAGGUGGGCCAGCAUGGGCACUCAUCCGUGGAAGAUGCCACAACAGCCAUGGAGCUGUACCGGCUGGUGGAGGCGCAGUGGGAACAGCAGGCGGCCAGUAGCUUCUGGGCCCAUCCUGAGGACAGAGAGCCUGAUAGCAGCACUGACAUGGAGCAGUAUAUGGAGGACCAAUACUGGCCUGAUGACCUGGCCCAAGACACCACAGGAGGCACCGGGGGAGUACAGGACGGAAGGGAAUGAGACAAAGGAGUGUGGUGGGUGGGAAGUAGGGUUCAGGGCAGCACUGGGCUGUCCAUCCUGGACAGGACUGGCAGGAUGCAGCCUACCAGUCCCAGGGUCACAGCAGCUAGGAUCUUUGUCCUCUAUACUCUCUGCCCACAUAACAGCCCUCUGUCCCUGAGGGCUGUUGGUAGUUCUUUCUCCUGACUCCUGUGAUUUUGCUGAUGGCACUUUAUAGAUUCCAUGGAAAUGGCAGGUGGACUGUCACUGGCCUUCUCCAUCUCCAUGUGUCCUGGACCAUGCUGUGCUAGCUACAGGGAUAACAUCUCCCUGGGGUGGGGGUGGGGUGGGGGGGAUGGGGUUCAGUCCCUGGAGUUCCCUUAAGUUAAUUUAUGUGACAAAGUUUAGUUUUUGUUGCUGUCUCUUCCUCCACAGUCAUGUUCAGAUUCAGAAUAAAUAUGUUCUGAAGUUAAAAGAAUUAAGGCCUCUAAAGGGGACAUUUCUUCUCAUCUCUGAGUUGGAACCCUGGUUACAGCCAUUGUAAGAAGUUUUAUGUCCCAUGGUGCCUGUCCCCUGCCUUCUAGGCUGCAGUAGAAUAGGAGAGCCCACAGCCUCCCUUGGCCCCUUCACAAGCGUGAUAUCAGAAUCACAGGUCACAGCUCACAAGGGAGAGCAGAGAAGCUUUGGAUAAGAACUGGCAUAUUUAUUUAUUAUCCCAAAUCAGGAAUUCUUUGCCCAUCUAGCACUAGGCUCCUUUACACAAAGCCUGAGAAACAGUAUGGUUUAAUUUUGCCCCCACCCCCGACCCCCCUGAGGAGUUGUGUCUGCCCUUACAUAGAGCAAGUGCCAGCCUUGGAAACAGUCUACAUAGUUGCUGGGGCAGGUAUGGCAGCUAUACAGUGUCCCUGUACCUGGUGCCUUUCAGUUUUAUAAUUAACAGUUACACUGUGAUUUGGGAGGGGGGUUAAUUCCUAUAAAAAUGUUUUCUGAGGGGAAAUUUUGGGUUACUAGGACAACCAAGGGCUCAGGUGACACAGACCUCCAAACUCCAUCUUUAUUGCCACUUACAGUCCCCAUCUUUACUGCCACUUAGCUUUGAGACUUCAGACAAGCCUGUGACUUUACCCUUGAGCCUGUUUCCUCAUCUGUAAAAUGGGCAGAGUGAUAAAGCCUACAGGUGGUUAGGAGGAUUCAUUGUUAGGUGCCUUGCACAUGUCCUGAGUGAAUGGGCUACUUACUGUUCAUUCAGGACAAUGCCCAGACACUGAGUCCUAGAUGGAACAGUAGUGGCUCAGAGAGAGCUGUCUUUGCUUGCCUGUUCCAGCAGGUGGGGCCUGGGCCCAUGCAGGCUGGGAUGAGGGCAGGGCGUGGAGCUUCAGUAUAUCUUGUCUAUGGCGACCAAUUGCUGGCUUCUUGUCAGCAUCCUAUCACUAUGUGCAGGAAGUGAUGACAGAGCAAGGCAACACAGGGUCAGGGAGGGAGGGACACUACUGAAACCACACCACCCACUCGUCAGCCGAGGCUCCACUGCACAAACCCAGGUCAGAGACUGUGUGGUCACCAGCUCCUCCCUAUCAGCAGAGGAGGAAGCUGGCCAGCCACCUCUAGGACUGACAUCUGAAUUCUUUGAAAACCUUGCUAAACACACAGCUAAGUAGCAUUUUAAAUUGGUUCGUGGAUUGAAGGAAAAUGGAGCUAUUAUAGUGGGGAAAUGUAUUGUUGAAAAUUGUUUUGUUGUAGAACCAUUUGUUCUAGAAUAAAACACAAUUAGAAAAGUG